UGGGAGAGGAUGAGUAUGGACACGGUUUUCAGGAGAUGUGUUGUAAAGGCGGGAAAUAAAGGAAGCAUGGGGUUUCUCCUUAACCUGGCGCACCCCAGCGGCCUGGACAAUGCAGGCAAAACAACCAUCCUCAAGAAGUUCAAUGGGGAAGACAUCGACACCAUCUCCCCAACGCUGGGCUUCAACAUCAAGACCCUAGAGCACCGGGGAUUCAAGCUGAACAUCUGGGAUGUGGGUGGCCAGAAGUCCCUGCGGUCCUACUGGCGGAACUACUUUGAAAGCACUGACGGCCUCAUCUGGGUGGUGGACAGCGCCGACCGCCAGCGCAUGCAGGACUGCCAGCGGGAGCUCCAGAACCUGCUGGUGGAAGAGCGCCUGGCUGGAGCCACCCUCCUCAUCUUUGCCAACAAGCAGGACCUUCCUGGAGCACUGUCCUCUAAUGCCAUCCGCGAGGUGAGUUCAGGCCUUGACUCAGGCUCACGAGAAAAAGAGGCACGCCUUUCUUUGUUCAUUUAUUUUAAAAGCAUUUAUUAGCGCCUGCUAUGUGGCAGGACCUAUUCAGGGCACUGGGAUUCCUAAGACAUAGUGGUGCCUCACAGCUGGUGGGAAGGCAGACCUGCAGAUAGAUCAUUCCACAGGAUAAGAGCCAUGAAGUGUGUGCUUUCUGUGUGUUAGGCUCUUUGCAUGGAUUCACUCAUUCCAUUCUCACAACAACCUCAUGAGGUCGAAACCACUAUCAUUCUAUAGAUCAUGAAGCAGGCUUAGAGAGGUUAGGUAGCUCGCCCAAGGUCACACAGCCAGUAAGUAGACAAGCCAGGAUUUAAACACAGGCCUACCUGACCCCAGAGUCUGUAUCUUAACCAUGACUCUAGAGCUUCAGCACCAGCAUGAGUAAGAGUGGAGUUAGAAUGUUGGUUCUGUCACUUACUAGCUGUGUGAC